AUGGUGCACAAAGAACCACCGUCCAAGAUCUCCAAACGAGGCUUUACCAACUUUCUGUGCAACUCUCCUUUGCGACGAGAAACCUUUACAGAAAGGAGUGGCCGGCAUAAGAAACUCGGUUCGUUUCACCAGUGCUAUCGUCUUGACGGCCGCCUCGUCGCCAUUGGCGUUCUUGACCUGCUACCAGACUGCGUUAGUGCCGUCUACUUUUUGUACCACGAGUCAAUUCAUAAUCUCAGCCCUGGCAAACUCGGCGCGCUUAGAGAGAUCGCGCUGGCUCUCGAGGGUGGCUAUCGUUGGUGGUACUCGGGCUACUAUAUCCACAACUGUCCCAAGAUGCGGUACAAGAUUGAUUUUGCGCCGCAGUAUGUGCUCGAUCCCGAGUUACCCUCCAGCUGGGAUCUCUUGGACAAAGAGGCACUGGCCAAGUUCGAUAAACAGCCCUACGUGAGCUUCUCGCAUGAGCGGGUGGAGGAGUAUAAAACGAAGUUGGUGAAGCAACACCCUAACGGCGACAGCGACAAUUACGGCUUUGGCCUUUUCGGUCUGGGAAAACCGUUGACAUUCCAUGGGCCGGCAGUAGAGGAGCCCGCACCUGAUGGAGGUGACGCGGUGACAGGCACGAGAGAAGAAUCGGGGGAACCAAUUGCCGCCCGUGACGGUGAAGCCAACAAUGGCGACGACGAUGACUCGGAUUCGGACGCUGAGAAUAGCGACUCGCCGAAUGUGCCGCUCUUCACGAGCAAUAUGCCAGGCCUACCGUCCAUGGCAACCGUGGCUCGGUACCACCUCGAUGACAUCCCGAUUCUGACAUCGCUGCAGCCAACCAUGUUUCCUGUUCAUUACCUGGCUGUAUGGGACGAGGGUACAGUCACGGAUGGCACGAGUUUCAAGAACAAGGUGGCGGAACUGGUGGCGAUGAUGGGCUCCGACCUCAUUCCUCAACUCUGCCUGGACUUCCGGAGACACCCGUCAUAG